GUGACGGACAUGAUGCAAAAGGCGCUUUUUGACUUCCUGAAACACAGAUUUGACGGGCGGAUCUCCAUCACCCGGGUAACGGCCGACAUCUCAUUGGCCAAGAGGUCAGUACUCAACAACCCCAGUAAGAGGGCCAUCAUUGAGAGAUCCAACACCCGCUCCAGCCUCGCCGAGGUCCAGAGCGAGAUAGAGAGGAUCUUCGAGCUGGCCAGGUCUCUCCAGCUGGUAGUUUUGGACGCAGACACAAUCAACCACCCGGCCCAGCUAAUCAAGACCUCCUUAGCCCCCAUCAUCGUCCACGUGAAGGUUUCCUCACCCAAGGUCCUGCAGAGGCUAAUCAAAUCAAGAGGGAAGUCUCAGAGCAAACACCUGAACGUGCAGCUCGUGGCAGCAGAGAAACUCUCCCAGUGUCCGUCCGAGAUGUUUGACAUCAUUCUGGAUGAGAACCAGCUGGAGGAUGCCUGCGAACACCUGGCCGAGUACCUGGAGGCGUACUGGCGUGCGACGCACACGUCCCUCAGCACGCCGCUCAACCCCCUCCUGGGUCGCAAUCUGGGCUCCACGGCCCUCUCCCCGUAUCCCGCCGCCAUCCAGGCCCAGAGGAACCGGAACAGCAACAACACGGCGGAGCACUCGCCGGUGGAGCGCCGGAGCCUGAUGCCCGUGGACGAGAACCACCACAACGAACGGGCCCGGAAGAACCGCAACCGCCUGUCCUCCGGAUCCCAGCAGAGCCGGGAGCACUCCCCUCUGGUGGAGGAGGACUACCAGGACCCCUACCAGGACCCCUACCAGGACCCCUACCAGGACCCCUACCAGGACUCCUACAAGCCCCACCGGAACCGGGGCUCCCCCGGGGGCUACAGCCAGGACUCCAGGCACCGGCUUUAG